ACCGGUAUCCAAUUUAGUCACUCACAACCGGACAACCGAGAUGGAAGUAAAUUUGCUACUUUUAGCCACGGUGAUAACCGUGUUCGUUUAUCUGUACCGUCUAAUAACGAAGAACAACGACUACUUUCACGAUAAGCCGAUCCCGUCACUAAAAGCUCGGCCACUGUUGGGGUCAACCGGCCCACUACUGUUGAAGCAGGUUACGUUCGCCGAUUUCGUCUCAUAUGUCUACAACAAGUUUCCCGGCGUCAAAGUCCUCGGGAUGUUCGACACGUUGACGCCGUUCUUCGUGAUCCGCGAUCCAGAGUUGAUCAAGCAGAUCGCCGUCAAGGACUUCGACCACUUCAUGGACCACCGGCCGUUCUUCGGCGAAUCUGCCGAAUCGGAAGAACAUCCGUACGCCCUUUUCAAGCGAGUUAUAUUUGCUCUGAACGGUCAGCGAUGGCGUAAUAUGCGAGCAACGCUGAGUCCAGCCUUCACUGGACGAAAGAUGCGACUUAUGUUUACUCUGAUGGUGGACUGUAGCGAGCGGAUGCUGAAGCACUACGAAUCGCUGAUGAGCAGCACGGGUCGUAUGGAGGUUGAAAUCAAAGAUAUGCUCAGUCGGUAUGGAAUCAAUGUGAUCGCGUCGUGCGCUUUCGGAAUCGAUGUGGAUUGCUUCAAGGACGUCGAUCAUGAAUUUAUGUAUCAUGGGAGGAGGAUGCUUCAAAUGGGUAAUCCAGUGGUGAUAGCGAAGAUGCUGUUCAUGAGGAUGUUUCCGAACCUUGCGAAGAAAUCCGGAAUGGACGUGAUACCACGGGAGCAGGCGGUGUAUUUUACCAAGUUGAUAAAGGAAACCAUACGGACACGGGAAAGUCAGGGUAUUGUUCGAAAUGAUAUGAUAGAUCUGUUGCUAGAAGCUCGAAAGGGGACGCUAAAGUAUGAAGAAGAACGAGAGGAAGUACAGGAAGGCUUCGCCACCGUUCAGGAGUCGGACGUUGGAAAAGCACAGGUAACGAAGGCCAUAUCGGAAAUUGACAUGAUCGCGCAGUGCCUGAUUUUCUUCAUCGCAGGAUUCGAAUCCGUAUCAACGACUUCCAUGUUUAUGAUCUACGAACUGAUCCUGAAUCCGGAAAUUCAGCAGAAGCUCUACGAAGAAGUUGAGCAGACCUACAAACAGCUGGGUGAUAAGCUUCUGACAUACGACGCGCUCCAGAGUAUGAAGUACAUGGACAUGGUCGUAUCGGAAACCAUGCGGAAGUGGCCGCUGUCUCCAAUUGGCGACCGGAUUUGCGUACGAGACUACACUCUAGACGAUGGUCAAGGUUUGCGGUUCACCAUCGAUAAAGGAACCUGCGUAUGGUUUCCGAUUCAUGGUCUUCAUCACGAUCCGCAGUACUAUCCCAAUCCCGAUCGGUUUGACCCGGAACGGUUCAACGAUCAGAACAAGGGUAAUAUUAAAAUGGGAACGUACCUUCCGUUUGGUAUUGGACCGAGGAACUGCAUCGGGUCACGGUUUGCUCUGAUGGAACUGAAGGCAGUCAUGUACCACAUGCUACGUAAAUUUUCGUUUCACCGGAGUACGAAUACGCGAAUUCCGCUUAAGCUGCGCAAAGGUAUGAACAACGUCGGGACGGACGAGGGAAUGCAUGUUGAACUGCGGCUGAGGAAUUCGUAGGUUAUAGUGUACUGUAGAUUAAUGUUAUAUUCCUUUGAAGACAAUAAACAUCAUUUCUUUUCUUU